AUGGAUGGAAAUGUUCAUAAAUAAUAAAUGAUCAUAAAAGUACUGUAUAUGGAUUAAGUUUAAAUAAUUCAUAGGAUAAGGUAUUAGUAAUCUUAAAGUCUGGAUAAAAUUCACAAUGGAUUUGAAUCUCAUAAAUAAAAGUCUAUAAUUAUGGAAUACGAUUAUGUUUCAUAAAUGAUAAUAAAUUCAUAAUUUAAUCUUCUUGUGAUAAAUAUCUUCAUAUUUACGAAAUGGAAGAUAAAAAGAAAUAUUAACAAACUAAAGAAAUUGCUGUAAAAGGUAGUUCAGUUUGUGAAGCAUCAUUUCCAUAAUUAUAUAUAGAGUCAAAAUCUCUUAUUUUGA